AUAUUGGGGGAUGAGGAGGAAGCGAAGAUGCGGGGGAAGACAGAGCAGAGUAGCCGGAGAGAGUGCGUGCGCGUGACUGAACUGAACAAAUUCCCCAUUUAAACCAUUUCUCCCUCCCUCCCUCUCUCUCUCUCUUGCUCUGGUCCUUCUGCCGGCGGGGAAAGCAUAACGCUUGCCUCUUCGGCUAAUCCCUAGCCGCUGCCGGCCGUCAUCGUCUGUUCCCCGCGUCCGUCCCACCUCGUGGCUCCUGGAACCGGCCGGAGCUGGCCUCCUGCUCCCUCCUCCUGCCUCGAUUGUUUUAUGAAUUCAAUUGCUCGAUUGUGACUGCACCGUAGUGGAAGAUGGAGAGUGAGAAGAAACAGUCGAUGGUUUCGGACGUCGGUGCUUGGGCGAUGAACGUGGUCAGCUCCGUCGGCAUCAUCAUGGCCAACAAGCAGCUCAUGUCCAACUCCGGUUACGCCUUCAGCUUCGCGACCACUUUAACUGGCUUCCACUUCGCCGUGACUGCCCUGGUCGGUCUGGCCUCGAAUGCUGCGGGUUACUCUGCAUCGAAGCAUGUUCCUCUGUGGGAACUCCUGUGGUUCUCCGUCGUCGCUAACUUGUCGAUUACGGGGAUGAACCUCAGUCUGAUGCUCAACUCUGUUGGGUUUUACCAAAUUUCGAAGCUGAGCAUGAUUCCUGUGGUAUGUGUUAUGGAAUGGAUCCUUCACAACAAGCACUACGUGAGGGAAGUGAAGAUUGCAGUCGUGGUUGUGGUUAUUGGUGUUGGUGUUUGCACUGUUACUGAUGUUAAAGUGAAUGCAAAAGGUUUCAUCUGCGCCUGUGUGGCGGUUUUUUCUACAUCUCUGCAGCAAAUCUCAAUUGGGUCCCUGCAGAAGAAAUACUCGAUCGGAUCCUUUGAAUUGUUGAGUAAGACAGCUCCGAUUCAAGCCAUUUCGCUGCUUGUCCUCGGCCCAUUUGUUGAUUAUUAUCUUAAUGGCAAAGCCAUAACAAACUAUAAGAUGUCUUCCGGUGCCCUAUUCUUCAUACUUCUUUCUUGCUCGCUGGCAGUUUUCUGCAACAUGAGUCAGUACCUCUGCAUUGGACGUUUCUCGGCCGUUUCAUUCCAGGUUCUGGGUCACAUGAAAACAGUUUGUGUUCUCAUACUGGGUUGGCUGCUCUUUGAUUCCGAGCUUACUUUCAAGAACAUAAUGGGGAUGUUUAUAGCAGUUCUUGGAAUGGUUGUGUAUAGUUGGGCUGUGGAGGUUGAAAAGCAAGCGAAUAGCCGGGCCAUAUUAACUGCCAAGAACAGCCUAACGGAAGAGGAACUUGGACUUUUGAAAGAGGGGGUGGACAAUUCUUUGGCGAAGGAUGUUGAACAUGGGGACUCAAAUGAAUGCAGGGAGUAGAAGGGAUGAUAAGCUGAGUUAUCCUCUGGCAGGACAUUUAGCUGUGAUGGAAUUCCCACUGUGGUUUCCUGAAUCAAGCCGGAUUUUAGAGUUGGGACAAACCUUCGGAAGGUUCGAUCCAGUAACUGAUGCUAUCAGGCCAUGGUUGGUCACAGUGUAAUGACCGUGGAACUUGUGACCAUUUUAGCAUGGUGAUUCAUUCGACUGUAUUCCGUGCCCCAUUUGGUAUGAACAAAUGGAAGUAAUCGUUAUAUGACUAUGUAUGGUCAUUUCAUUUCUGCUUCUCUUCAUUGUUGGUACUAAGUGCAAUCUUCAAUCCUUAAUAUACGGAUGCAAAAUCA